UGUAUGCGCACGUCAAUAAUGAAACAGCAAUCCCUUCUUCGGAGUAAUUAAUAUCGUCGCGGAGGGAAAAUAGACCGAAAUUUUGGGAUUGUUCAGUAGUCAAAUGAAAGUCACCCUGGAGACAGUCGUGGAGAAUGUGCUUUAAACCCCCUCCUGAAGAUGCUUGUCAGCUAAAAAUGGGUGGUGCUUGUGUUGGUAGAAAUUUUUUGACAGGUGAGUGUAGGGAUUUAAAAUAAUCUGGAGAUGGAGUGCAGUGAGAAAAUUCUGUGUGGCACGGGAGAGCUGGAGCUGGAUCCCAAUAUCGUCAGUGAGGAGGCAGGAAAACUGUAUUCAGAGCUGCAGACUGUUGUUGAGACCCACGGUGAAGGAGUGGUGGAGUCCCUGGUGCCCACGUUGGUGUGGGUCCUGGAGGGCCUGGCCUCCUGCAAAUUCCAGCUGAGAGAAAAAGAAGAGGAGGCUGAAAGCGAGAAAGCUGAGCGAGAACAGCUGCUGGAGAGAUACCAAGCAGAGAAAGCUCUCCGGAAAGAAAGUCAAGAGCGGUAUCUGGAGUUGGAUGACCAAAUCGAACAAGAGCGGAGAGCCAUUAAGGGGAGAGAGAAGGAGCGAGAACGCAGAGAGAGAGAACUGGAGAGGAAAGCCCGAGAACAGGCUGAUCAGUUGGUGGCCUUGGAGGAGCAAAAAGCCAAUCUGAGUAGAGAGCUGAGUACACUGAGGCACACUCACAACAAGCUGAGCCACUCACACCGGGAACUUCUAGAGAAGAGGAAGGACUCUGAACGGGAGUCUCUUUUAAGGAAUCAUGUGCGUUUCAGGAAUGCCGACUUUCGGUCUCAAGUCUCGUCCGAAUCCAAAUUCAACGAAAAGAAUAUUCAGCGACCACAUUCCAAUUCCGGUCCUCCGCGUUUUGAAGAUCUUGCAAUCAAGGAAGAAAAAGUGAACGAUAUUAAUGAGAACUGUGCUGUGGAUGCGUUUGUCUCCGACAUCAUCAGCUCCACACCUGAGCUGAUUCAGUUUCAUGACCAUGUAAAAGAGAGCACUCCUAUUAAAACGAGUACUGAUGCACCUCUAAAAGAGCUGGAGAGCAGCUUGGAGGAGGAACGGAAGAAGGUGGAGGAGCUGAAAGUGGAAGAGAAGAAGGAAGGGGAGGUGGAGAAAAAGGACCAGGAGGAGGACAAGGAGGUGGAUGAAGAUGACAGCAUGGAGUGGGAUCUCCGGAAUACAGACUCAGUUUUCUCUGAGCUGUCAGAACUGAGUCGGGAUUAUGUGGAGAGUGUUGACCAAGGGGCCAACGUUCGAGGUGGUACCGACCAGUUUGAGGAGAUUCUCGCUCAGUUUGAGGAUCUGAAAGUUGCCCAUGAAUCAGUUGAAGCUGCUCGUAAAGCGCUGAUAUCUCGAGUCGUCGAGCUGACCGACGAUCGCGCUGCCCUCACCCUGGAAGUGGCGACUCUUCAGGAAACCGUGGAGAGACUAGAGGGACGGCUGAAGGAGAGAGACGAGGAGAUCAAGAGAGUGCGGAAAGAACUGGAAUCGUGUCAGUCUGAAGAUCCUGAUGCCUCUCUGUCAACAUCCAUGCGUCACUUUUCCCGUUCUGAAAUGGCCCGUGUGGUCAUGGAGAAGAAUCAGUACAAACAGCGUCUGUUUGAGCUGCAGGAGGCCGUCAGACACAGUCAGACUCUCAGAGCAACAAAAGGGGAGAAGUUUACAGAAGAAAAACAAUCAAGUGUUUGGAGAAAAUUCAACCGCUUGUUUGGUCUCACCAAGGUGCCACUGGUCCCACCUUCAGCGUCCGCAUUGGUGCAGCAAACCUCCCCAGCGUUUAACCGCCCUCCUCUAGGGACUCCACAGCCACCGCUCAUCAGCCAAACACAGAGCGAUUUUCUUCACAGAUCCCCUUCUUCAACCGUUAUUUCACCACGACUCAGAAGGAAGGAGCUCUACAGAGAAAUCCGCUCUCAGAUCUGGGGGAUUCUGGGAAAGCGUCAGAUCCAUGGCUGGAGUGUGUCGCUGGCGAGCACACAGGAGGCCAGUGAACCCAUACCAGAACCUAAAGAUGUUCCUGUGUUGGUUCAGCUCAGACUGUUGGAUCAGAGAGACUCCACCGCUAAGAUCAACUGUGCUGCAGCAGUCCCUCCUGAGACGUCAGGAGAAGCCUCGUGUUCUGUAUGGGUCAUCUCUGGUCCCGCCUCCUGCAGUGACAUCACAGUGAUCGAUCCGGCUAGGUCUAACACCGUGCUGGACCAGUUCAGUCUUCCCCCCACAGCCCCCGCCCUCUGUAUGUGUGCUGUUCCUCCUAUAGAUAACUCCUCAGGGACGGUGUGGAUCGGAACGCAGGAAGGAAGUAUUCUUAUACACUCGGCCUCUGCGAACAGGAGGUGCUGUCUGCAGUCAGCAUGUCUCUCAGAGGGAGUUCAUUCACUCAUGUAUUCCAACGGUGGGGUCGUUGCUGGUUUAGGGGAUGGGACUUUAGCUUUUUUCUCACACACUUCAGAUGGCUGGAACUUGCAGUCACAUACUGUGAUGGCCCUUGGAGCAAACCCUCUGCAGCCCGUCCGCUGUUGCCUUGCAAAAAGUGGCCGUUUGUGGGUGGGGUACUGGAACAAAGUCCACGUGGUUGACAUGGAGAGCAGGAAGGUCGAGCAAAUAUUCUCUGUGUCGGAGCGCAGUGAGCAGCAGGUUCGCUUCCUGUGUGCGGCAGGAAGUGGCGUUUGGGCGUCGUGUCGUCUUGACCCAGUCAUCAGGCUGUUUGACUGGUCCACUGGACGGCCGCUGCAAGAAGUCGAUCUGACUUCUUUAGUCACAAAAACAUUAGGCCAGCCCUUCCUGUCGCUCUCGCCUCUUCAGAUCUCCUGUCUUACCAUCAUCUCUGGCCGUCUGUGGGUGGGAACAGGAGGUGGAGCCAUUUUCUCCAUCCCCCUGUCUAUUACCUCUGAGGAUAUUUCCAUCCCGUAUUGCUCUACUGCAUCAACCCAGCUGUCGUAUCACGGACACAGACAAGCCGUCAGAUUCAUCAUCGCCGCACCUGGUUGUUUGAUCACCUCUCCUGGAAGCAGCCAAGUCACUCCAGCCCAGCUCAUCCUCAGCGGAGGAGAGGGUUACAUCAACUUCCGAAUCGGAGACGACGGAAGUGACGAAUCGAUCGAGGUGUCCCAAGCGUCGCCGCAGCGAUCUGAGAGGAGUCACUUGAUCAUCUGGCAGACUCCCUCUGUGCCCAGCCCCGCUCUCUGAUGUUGAUCUUCUCCCAGUUCAGACUGGGAAAUGAUGUGAGCUGACUGGAAUAGGCCAGCUUCUCAGUGUGGCAGCAUUGAAAGAAUCAGUUAUUUGAUUUUUUUUCUAUUUAAAACUUGUUUACCUCGCUUGAUUUUCUGGAUUCUUUACGAUUGAUGACACUUUUCUGUUUUCCUUCAUCUGAUUUUUAUAUCGAGGCUUCAUUAUUGGUCAGUCAACCUUUCAAGCCAUCUGGUCAGCAUUUUUACUGAUUAUUUUCAUCUCGUUGAUCAUAUUUUUCCACAUUUUGUUCUACAACUUAGAGAGAGCAACCAAACUUCUCUGAUCAUAAAGUCAAACCUAGUUUGGCUUUUCCUGAAGCUUUAACAACAAACUGGACACGGUUUUGUGUUUUUCUUAAAGACAAUCAGACAAGUUAUCAUCCCUCGAUGCUGUAUAUAAACUGGAGAAGCUUCGGCCAUAAGUAUUAACUCGGUCUUGAGCCGUUUGUCUCAGGUGGAGUAAAUGCAAAGACCUGCACAUUACCUAAGUGUCUGAUAUCACAUCUCUUAAAUCUCUUGAAAAGAUUAUUUAUAUUCUCCACUUCUUGCUUGAUGUUUACAUAAAACACCUAAUGAAUGUGGCUUAAAUUCAAAGUUGAUUUGUAAAAUAAGGGAUUGAUGUGUUCUCUGAAGUAUUUGUGUGCAAAAAAAUGUUUGUGCAAACAUUCUGAUAUCACCAAAGUGCCUUUUUUGUCCUUGAACACUCAGCUUCGGGUGCUGAAUAAAUGUGUGGCAAAUGUAAUAA